CCGAGUGGUCUUACCUUGCUCCGUGCAAGAGUAUCAAGUUGGGCAACUUUAUUCCGUGGCAGAAGCUAGCAAAAAUGAAACAGGAGGAGGUGAAGGAAUUCAAGUCUUAAAAAAUGAGCCUUAUGAAAAGGAUGGCGAGAAGGGACAAUAUACUCACAAAAUCUAUCAUUUAAAGAGUAAAGUUCCUGGUUUUGUAAGGAUGAUUGCUCCAGAAGGCUCCCUGGUGUUCCACGAGAAGGCUUGGAACGCGUAUCCCUAUUGUAGAACAAUUGUGACAAAUGAAUACAUGAAAGAUGACUUCUUCAUAAAAAUUGAGACCUGGCAUAAACCAGAUUUGGGGACAUCAGAGAACGUGCACAAUUUAGAUCCAAACACAUGGAAGAGUGUUGAAGUUGUCCACAUUGACAUUGCAGAUAGAACUCAAGUAGAACCAGGAGACUACAAAGCUGAUGAAGACCCUGCAUUAUUCCAGUCGGUCAAGACGAAGAGAGGACCUUUGGGGCCAAACUGGAAGAAAGAGCUAGCAACUGAUGAAGAGUGUCCUAAAAUGUGUGCUUACAAGUUGGUGACUAUCAAAUUUAAGUGGUGGGGACUGCAGAACAAAGUUGAAAACUUUAUACAGAAGCAAGAAAAAAGGAUAUUUACCAACUUUCAUCGCCAGCUGUUCUGUUGGAUUGAUAAGUGGAUUGAUCUGACUAUGGAAGACAUUAGGAGAAUGGAGGAUGAAACCCAAAAGGAGCUGGAAGCGUUACGUAAUCAAGGCCAAGUCAGAGGAACAAGUGCUGCCAAUGAUGAAUGAUGAUGGAUUGGACCGUCACAUGCAGUGUUGAUAUACCAAUGUGUGUGUGGAUGCAUGAUUAUUUGUAUAUAAUUAUAUAUACGCACAUGCAUACUGAAGGGGGUUGUUACAGUGUCUCCAGGGUACUAUACCUGUCCUCAGCAAAGAUUCCAAGGAAACUGCUUUCAUUAUGUAUACCUGAAGCAAAUAAAAAUCAACUGAGUAGUGUCAUUUAAAGGAUGAAUUAACUGCAGAAUUAUGCUAACUGGUAUGUUUCAUGAAUGUCAAUACUGGACCAAUUUAUUCCCUACUUGCUUUUUUCCUGUCUUGAGUCACUCUGCUAUAACCUGCCCAUAUCACAUUGUAAAGAAACAGAUUCAAAUAAGUUAAUUUCAGUUUUGUGUCUUCCCUCUGUGAUUAUUUUUGGAAUAGGAACAAUGAAUGUAUUUAUAGCUAUUUAUUUCUGGAUUGUCAUUAUCCUGUAGUCAAAUCUGAAAACAUUUCUAUUAGUGGAAAUUGGAAGACUUUUACUGUUGAAUAAGUUUAACCCAAACUUUACCCACUCACCGAUUUAAAAAAAAAAAAUCAUGUUUUAUUGGACUUUUGUACAUUGAAAUGCUAAUGUUUUUUCUUCAUUAAAAUUGGCAAGAUUAAGGAAAAA